CCAGUGGUGGUGCUGGCCUCGCGGGUCCGCUUCUGCCGCUCAAACGUGAUCCGCCACUUUGCUUGCGAGCACAUGGCCCUGAUGAAACUCUCCUGUGGCGACAUCUCACUGAAUAAGACUGUGGGGCUCACUGUUCGCAUCUUCAACAGAGUCCUGGAUAUGCUCCUGCUAGGCGCCUCCUACUCCCGCAUCAUCCAUGCUGCCUUCAGGAUCUCAUCAGGUGGAGCACGGUCCAAAGCCCUGAACACCUGUGGCUCCCACCUGCUGGUCAUCUUCACUGUCUACUCCUCCACCAUGUCCUCAUCCAUUGUCUACCGUGUGGCGCGCACUGCCUCCCAAGACGUGCACAACCUGCUCAGUGCUUUCUACCUGUUGCUCCCAUGUCUGGUCAACCCCAUCAUCUAUGGAGCCAGAACCAAGGAAAUCAGGCAGCACCUGGUUGCUCUGUUCCAAAGGACUCAGCAACAGGCCUCCACUGAGAAGUCCCAGUCCCUGCCCUCGAAUAGAGAGCUUCCUGGAUGA